AUGGCUUGGUUUAGUGGGAAAGUGUCCCUGGGAAACUUUUCGGAUUUAGCCGGGGCGGUGAAGAAUAUUAGUGACACAGUCAGUGAGGGAGUUAAGAGCAUUGAAAAGAAUUUUGACAGCGCUUUAGGCCUCGAGGAAAAGUCCGAUGCAACCAGUAGCAGCAAUGAAGCAGCAUCAGGUUUAUGGCCUGUGGCUACAGAUAGGAAAGCAUUAUUUGACCCAGUCAUGGCCUUCAUGGGGCAAAAAGGUGGUGAGAGUGUGGCUGAGCCCCUGGAGACAUCAGAGUUGCCAAAGAUUUCAUCUCCUGAAGAGGAAGAAAUAGCCAAACCAGAUAGCUCAGACGUUCCCGGUGCUGAAAGAAGUACACAUGUAGACCAAGUGGAGGAAGAUACCAGUGAUACCAUUGUACCUGCAGUUGUUACCAAAGAAGCAAAAGUUUCAGUUAGAGAGCAAGAAGAUUUGCCAGCAGCAGCAAGUAGUGAAACAUCAAAUGAUGUAUCAUCAAUGCACGUUGAACUGUCUGAAAAGGGAAGAGAGCAUAUUGAAGGGGAAGGUUCAUCUAGCCACAUCCAAGAGGAGGUUUUAGAAGGUUCUUCAAAAGAGAACUUAGAUAAUUCUUCAAAGGAGCUCCCAGUAGAUUCUUCCGAAAAUUUAGGGUCAGUCGAACCUGAAUCUGCAAAUUCAGUAGAUCAAUUAGCUUCUCCAGGCCAACUUGAUAACCUCGGUGUUUCCGUGGAGAGUACAGAUGAAAAGAACAGCUUGGAAGAAGUUUCAAAGGAAGUUAUCCCAAUUGAAGCCCAAGAUCAGACCUCUGAUUGCUUGGCUGAGAAGGAAGAGCCUUCUAUUUCGGGUUCUGUUAUACCUGAGGAGACUGAAAAGACCAUGGAGUCAUCCCAAAGUAUUAUUCCUGUCAUUCAUCACAGUGAAGAGGCGGCGCUUACAGAAUCUGGACUAGAUUUGCCUGAAAAUGCCGCAAGAACAAAAUUUGUCGAGGUAACUGAGAAAGCUGAUGAUGAGAUUAAUGUAAGUGAACAAAGUUCAAGUCCAGCUUGCAGCUCAACCAAUAAUUUCGAUUAUGUUGCUGAAUUGGAGAAGGUGAAGAAGGAUAUGAAAAUGAUGGAAACUGCACUGCAAGGAGCUGCAAGGCAAGCUCAGGCGAAAGCUGAUGAAAUUGCAAACCUGAUGAAUGAAAAUGAGCAGCUGAAGGGUGUUAUUGAGGAUUUGCGGAGAAAAUCUAAUGACGCAGAAGUUGAAUCUCUUCGGGAAGAAUAUCAUCAAAGGGUAGCAUCUCUUGAGAGAAAGGUGUAUGCUCUUACACGGGAGAGGGAUACACUUCGUAGGGAACAGAAUAAAAAAAGUGAUGCUGCUGCUCUUUUGAAGGAAAAAGAUGAAAUAAUUACACAAGUAAUGGCUGAAGGUGAGCAACUCUCUAAAAAACAAGCUGCUCAAGAAGCACAAAUGAGAAAAUUAAGGGCACAGAUCAGAGAGCUUGAAGAAGAGAAAAAAGGGUUGGCUACCAGAUUAGAGGUUGAAGAGAAUAAAGUAGAAAGUAUAAAGAAGGACAAGGCAGCUACCGAGAAACUGUUGCAGGAAACAAUCGAGAAACACCAAGCUGAACUCACAGCCCAGAAAGAUUAUUAUACAAAUGCUUUGAAUGAGGCAAAGGAAGCCGAGGCCUUGGCAGAGGCUAGGGCUAACAAUGAAGCCAGAACUGAACUAGAAAGCCGUCUAAGGGAGGCUGAGGAACGGGAAUCCAUGCUUGUUCAAACACUGGAAGAGCUUAGACAAACUUUGACAAGGAAGGAGCAGCAGGCAGUAUUCAGAGAAGAUAUGCUGCAGAGAGAAAUUGAAGAUCUGCAAAAACGUUAUCAAGCUAGUGAGCGCCGGUGUGAGGAGUUGAUAACACAAGUACCUGAAUCUACCAGACCACUUCUAAGGCAAAUUGAAGCUAUCCAGGAAACUAAUGCAAGAAAGGCAGAAGCUUGGGCUGCUGUUGAGAGAUCCCUGAAUUUGCGACUUCAGGAAGCGGAGGGCAAAGCUGCUGGCGCAGAAGAAAGGGAACGAUCAAUAAACGAGCGUUUAUCUCAAACUUUAUCGCGGAUUAAUGUUCUUGAAGCUCAGAUAUCAUGUCUCAGGGCUGAGCAGACGCAGCUCACAAAGUCCCUUGAGAAGGAAAGGCAACGAGCUGCAGAACAUAGGCAAGAGUAUCUUGCUUUGAAGGAGGAAGCUGAUACAAAUGAAGGUCGUGUGAAACAGCUUGAAGAAGAAAUUAAAGAUCUGAGGAGGAAGCACAAGCAGGAGAUACAAGAAGCAAUCGCUAACCAGGAGCUCCUACAGCAGGAGCUAGAGAAGGAGAAAGCUACUCGUUUGGAUCAAGAAAGGGCUGCUCGCCUUCAACCUUCUCAUACAUCCGAACAAAGCCCAGCAAAAAAGAGAAAUCCUGGUUCAGAUAACGGAAUUUUGACCCGCAAACUUUCAAGUGCCAGCAGCUUGAGCAGCAUGGAGGAGAGCUAUUUUCUGCAAGCUUCGUUAGACUCAUCUGACAAUUUUUCGGAGCGUAGAAAUGCUAUAGAGGGAGGUCUGAGUCCCUAUUACAUAAAGAGCAUGACACCUGGCGCUUUUGAAUCUGCCUUGCGGCAAAAGGAGGGGGAGCUUGCCUCAUAUAUGUCUAGAUUGGCAUCUAUGGAAUCUAUUCGUGAUUCUCUUGCCGAGGAGUUGGUAAAAUUAACGGCUCAGUGUGAAAAACUACGGUCUGAAGCUGCUUUGCUGCCUGGCUUACGGGCGGAGCUAGAUGCAUUACGAAGGAGACAUUCAGCUGCACUGGAGUUGAUGGGUGAACGUGAUGAAGAGUUAGAGGAGCUCCGUGCUGAUAUUGUUGAUUUGAAAGAGAUGUACAGAGAGCAAGUAAACUUGCUUGUAAAUAAGAUACAGGUAAUGAGUUCAAGCGUUGGUGCUGGUUGA